CUCAGUUGACGCAUAAAGACCCCCUCAUCUCUCUCUCUUUUUCUCCCUCGCCUCCUCCCCCGCCGAACCCGGCCCUUCUCCCCUCUUUCCUCAGCUUUCUGGUCAUCUAUUCCCCGAGCCUUUGCUUCCAAAAUCUCCGAAUCCAACUCUGAGCUCGAACCAAUUGGACUCUUCCGGUUCUAGGGUUUCUACUCCCGCUAUAGAGCGAGCUCGAGCUCAGCUGGAGGGAUCUCUGAGCGCCCGUCAAGAGCAUUGCUGGGAGAGGAGAGAUUGGCGUAGGAGGUACCUCCAGUCUGACAUAUCAUUUGACCUUAAGAGUUGUGGAAAGUGCUAACCAGUGAAGAGGCUUAUAGAUGGGAUUAUCAUAAUUAUUGGUUGACUCCUAACAUCAUUUGUUUUUCUCUGUACCCUUGAACCUAAUCAGAGAUUGAUGUUUUUCUCUGUACCCUUGAACCUAAUCAGAGAUUGAAUAUAUAUAUAUAUACAUAUAUAGAAACACUUAUCGUGAUAAUUGCAUAUUUUCUAUAAACAAAAUGCCAUCAUGGUGGGGGAAGUCUUCCUCUAAAGAUGUGAAGAAGAAGUCCAGCAAGGAUAAUUUGAUUGAUACAUUACAUCAAUUCACAAACCCAACUGAACGAAAAGGAAAUGUUAGAUCAGGAGGAUCUCAAAGACAUGGUGGUGAUGCAGCUUCAGUGAAGGGGUCUUUAUCACAAGCAGAAUCACAGUCUAUGUCAUCCACAACUCGAGUAUCAUGCUGUCAAAAUUUUGCAGAUAGACCUCAUGCCCAUCCUCUUCCACUUCCUAGGGUGCACUCAAGCAUGACAUGUAGACACCCAGGACAUGGUGGUUCAAAGCCAAUUCUAGAAAAACGUGGCAAAGCGCAGCUUUUUUUGCCUCUUCCAACACCUAAUCAUGUUCCUGUAAGACUAGAUACUGCUGAUAUUUAUGGAGAUUUGGCUACUGCAUCUGUUUCUAGUAAUUGCUCCAUCGAUAGUGAUGAUUCUCAACUUCAUAGUCCUGUGGGGAAUGAUUUUGAAACUGGUAGCAGGAGAAUUAUACGUGACCCUUCCAGUGUGGCGCAUAGAGAUCAUUCUCCUAUCAGCUGUCAUAAAAACUCUAAGGAGACAGCAAAGUCAGCUACUUCACCAUGCAAUAACCAAAAUCUCUCUUCAUCACCCAAGCAAGGAACUUUAGGCUGUCACCCCUCCAAUAAUCAAAUUCUUCGCCAUGGUGCUCCUAGCAGUGCUCCAGAUAGCUCGAUGUCAAGUCCUUCUCGAAGUCCCAUGAGGGUAGUUUGCCCUGAGCAAAUUCUGACUUCUGUUUUUUGGUCAGGAAAGCCCUACCCAGAUGUGAACUUCCUUGGAUCUGGCCAGUGCUCUAGUCCCUGUUCUGGUCAGACCUCUGGGCAUAAUUCGAUGGGAGGGGAUAUGUCUGGACAGUUAUUUUGGCAGCACAGCAGGGGUAGCCCAGAGUGUUCACCAAUCCUGAGCCCAAGAAUGACAAGUCCUGGUCCCAGCUCUAGGAUACAUAGUGGAGCUGUUUCUCCAUUGCACCCACAGGCUGGAGGAUCAACACCAGAAUCCCCUACGAUUCAGGCUGAUGAGGCGAAGAAAUUAUCCCACCGUUUGCCACUGCCACCAAUAAAUAUUUCCAAUAGCUCUCCUUUUUCAUCAAUGAAUUCUGCAUUAAAUAAUCUUUCCUUGAUACGUAGCCCUGGAAGGGCAGAUAAUCCCACAAGUCCUGGGCCUCGAUGGAAGAAAGGGAAGCUGAUUGGGCAUGGCACAUUUGGGCAUGUUUAUGUUGGCUUCAACAGUGAGAGUGGUGAAAUGUGUGCUAUGAAAGAGGUUACUCUUUUCUCUGAUGAUGCUAAGUCAAAGGAAAGUGCAAAGCAAUUGGGGCAAGAAAUUGCUCUAUUGAGUUGGUUACGGCAUCCAAAUGUAGUGCAGUAUUAUGGAUCUGAAAUGAUGGAUGACAAAUUUUACAUUUAUCUGGAGUACGUUUCUGGUGGUUCCAUCCACAAACUUCUUCAAGAAUAUGGGCAGUUUGGAGAAGUAGCUAUUCGCAGCUAUACUCAACAAAUCCUUUCAGGCCUUGCAUAUUUGCAUGCAAAGAAUACGGUGCACAGGGACAUAAAAGGAGCAAAUAUACUUGUAGACCCAAAUGGACGUGUAAAAUUGGCAGACUUUGGGAUGGCAAAACAUAUUGCUGGGCAGUCAUGCCCCUUUUCAUUCAAAGGAAGCCCAUAUUGGAUGGCACCUGAGGUUAUAAAAAAUGCGAACGGCUGUAACCUUGCUGUGGAUAUAUGGAGCCUUGGUUGUACCAUUUUGGAGAUGGCUACCACAAAACCACCUUGGAGCCAGUAUGAAGGGAUUGCAGCCAUGUUCAAGAUUGGGAACAGCAAGGAGCUUCCGGCAAUCCCUGAUCGUCUCUCAGCUGAUGGAAAGGAUUUUGUUAUGCAGUGUCUACAACGUGAACCAUUGAACCGUCCUACAGCUGCUGAGCUUCUGCAGCACCCAUUCGUGAAAAAUGCGGCCCUGCUGGAAAAAUCUAUUUCUGUUUCCGAUCCCUUUUCACUGCCAACAUCUGUUCCAUGUGGAACAAACUUCAAGGAUGCUGGGCAUGGAAGAAAUUUUUCAUCUUUGGACAUGGAAGGAACAAUCAUCCAUCAGCUCAGAUGUGUCACACCUACUGCAGUAAGCCGUGAUAUUCAUACAAGGAACAUGUCUUGUCCUAUCUCCCCCAUUAGAAAUUCUAGGUCUUCACGGCAUAUCAAUGGAAGGAUGUCUUCUCCGAUAUCAAGCCCUAUGACCGCCUCAGGUUCAUCAACUCCUCUAACAGGUUGCGGUGGUGCUAUCCCACUCAGUCAGCCAAAGUACUUGUCUUCUCUUCACGAGGGAUUCACAAAUGCACCAAGGCUCCUAAAUAAUCGCCGUGCUGGUGCUUCUACUUAUGACCCCAAGCUCGAUAUCUUCCGGGGCAAGCAGAAAGUCCCUUCUCUGGGGGAAGUGAUGUCUUCUGAAACUGACAUUCUCUUUCCUCAGUUGGGAAGACUAGCAUUUGGAGAUUGCCGAGAACCAUACAAAGGGCAAUUUAAUUUGCUGUCUUCUCAACUGUUGAGAGAUCAUGUGAAGCUAAACUUGUAGCCAAACCUUUCAUCCUGGUUCUCGCAGUCCUUGGCUGCUUAAAUGGUACCUGACUCAGAGAAAGAGCUGGUCAGUGAGGAAGUCCUGUUCUCUCUCUCUCUCUGUGUGUGUGUGUGUGUCCAUGAGCUCUUUGAUUACUUGGUUCCUUGUCUCUCCAUAGAGCAGCUGAGGAAUUAAUCGUGUACAAUAAAGCCCAAAGUGGAGACCCAUGGAGUAUUUCUCUGGCUGGAGGCUGAGGCUGAAGUGGCUAAGUGGGCAUUUUCACACGCAACCCCAUACUUGAACUUCACAUCGCUAAUCUCUGAAGAAGAAGACUGUCAACCGGCUGGCAUCUGGAUAUUGAUGCUGAAUUGUAAGUUUGAGAGAAUGGCAAUCAGUGAUUGUUUUGAUUUUUAAGCAGGCGAUUUUUGACAUUAUUGGCAACGAAUCCUCACUAUGGAUAAUGUAUAUCUGAGAUCAUGAUAUAAAUUAAAAGAGCAGAGAUACAAAAACACUAGGACUAGCAUCAAGUUACCUUGGUUGUGCAAGGCUAUUUUAAAUAGGACAGAAGAUUGGAUGACUCCAAAUAUUGCUUCUGGAAGAACCCUGAGCAUCCAGUGCUUGUCAUCAUGUUUCGCCGAAACAUUGCUGUCAGUUUGGUCAGAAAUGCUUCUGCAAAAUUUGAUUUCUGGUUGGUAAUUAAAAUGCUUCUGCAAAUUUUACCUCGUUGCUGUUCAUUGUACGUCACUUGUGGGGAAGCUGGAAUGGCAUCUCGCACGUUGCAUUUUGAACUACUAUUGUACAUUGCUUAGAGAAUGAUUUAGUUCUCUGUGUAGCCCGAUCCAAUUGUAUAGUCAUGUUUUUAAGAUCUGACAUUAUUUUACGCCAAAGACAACAAGUUUGGCAUGUACGAAUUU